AUGACCGUCAUCUGGGGCCUCGAUCUCCAUGAGAUUUGUUUCAGCAAGUUUAGAUCUGCCAACAUGCUCAACCGGGCGUACCAUCUCCGUCGAACAAAGAUGGUUGUCUAUCAGCUUGCAAUGAUCCUCUGCGUCUGCUCAGAAUCCGUCGGGACGGCUGCUUUUUCAGACUACCUCGAUCAACAAAGCUACAUUCAAGGCCAGCACCCGGGUGUGAAAAUCCACAACAACAGCUUUAUUGGCGCGUUCUCGUACAACGUCUUUGUGGGGGUUGCAGUGGCGUUUAUAUUUGGUGCAGCGUUCUUUUUUGACCUCUUCUGGCCGGAGAGGCACGAGUGCAAACAUGUACGAAUCAGUUGGAAGAUUUCGGCAGUAGUCGUUACUGUUAUGAUGCUGAGCUCGGCGCUGACUAUCACGUGUAUCGGCGCUCUACAUGAUGCCGUCGUUACAGGAACAGAUCGCGACACUGCGCAGACGUAUAGAUUGGAGUUCUCGAAGAAACCCUCUUACACAUACCGAGAUAACCCCAAAGUAAUUGCCGCUGUUGUUCUUGCCUGGCCUGGGUGGGUAUUUUGCGUUAUUAGUACAAUCGUCCUCUUCAUGUCCCAGAAGCACGACGACAAGUACGGUCCAAUGUCGAAGUACGGCCGUAGUCAGGAAGACGGCAGUAUUGUGGUCGAUAAGGAAGGACACAACAGUCCCGAGCCAACGGCGGCAUAAAUAACACGUUACGAGGUUACGAUUUACUCCUUUCUACUCUUUUGUAUACAAUAUUUCCGUUUUUGGAUGGCUACUGUAUUGUACUAUAGACUGUAGUAUUGACGGAACUUGGCUUCCUGCAAUGAUAC